GCUGGACACUUUCGAUAGAUUUAAUUGCAGAACAUCAAUCAGUUCUAGUCAGGAUCAACUGAGAAAUGAUGUUUCAUGUAAAGUGGAAGUUGUGGUUUUAAUUAAUUUGAUCAUGCCAAUUGUAAAGACAGAAAAAUACUUUAAAAAAGUAUUGUUCGUCCACUUAUUGUUCACAACAUUGAUACAUCCAUUAUGUGCAUACGUGUUUAUUGGGGAUUACCAUUAUUACGAUUUCUUGUCAUUUAUGAAGAGUGGAAGUAGAUGCAGUUUUCUGCCAGGGAACAUAAAAGCAUAUAUUACUAAAGAACAUUCAACUGCCGACGACCAAUGCCUGGUUUUCAUGAAAGAAAUCAACAAUAGUUCAGCAAAUUCUAAAUUAACAAAGGCCAAAGUAAAAUACACUGCUUUUGGGAAGACAUACACGUUUGACUUGAAACAAUCUGUGCCAUGUAAACCAGCAGCUAACUUACAACAUGUGGAGAUGGUGUUGAUUUGUGAAGGAAAGACAGUCGGAAACGAAAUCACCUGUAACCGUAGCGCUGACUGUGACAGAGAGAGGGAGACCUGUAGUAGAUACCCAGUAAUUGACAAACAAAUCUGCAUCCCUAAACGCCACAUUAAUGAAUCAUGUGACGAAUAUUCAACAUGUUACGACAACAACAGCGAAUGUAAAUAUUCUGCCCACACGAGAACUUGUCAAUGUCUACGCUACCACAGGGAAAUUGAUGGGAGAUGUGUCAAAAUCGGUUUAACCCUUGGAGAAAAUUGUUUUAAAGAAGAGCAAUGUUCGGGAACAAAUUAUGCAUCCAGAUGUCUUCGAAAUCAAACCGCAGAAACACAAGUUUGUUCCUGUAUGAAAGGUUAUAUUGCUAGUGGUUCCAAUUGCAUCAAAGGUGGACUAUCAAUAAACGAAACUUGUGAAGUUAAUCAGCAAUGUUCUGGGGCGGAAAAUGCCAAUACAUGUUCUACCAAUGGUAAAUCGGAGCAGAUCUGUGGAUGUAACCAGGGGUAUAUUGAAAAACAAUCCAAGUGUUACAGAAUAAAUCUUCAUCUCUUUGAGUCCUGUGUUUGGUCUGAGCAGUGUAUUGGAUCUCAUGGAGCAAACGAGUGUAAAGUUGUAGAGGGACAGCGAAUUUGCUACUGUCCUGAUGGAAAAGCAAUCUUCAAAGGAGUUUGCUUAAAAGUUGGGUUGACACUUGAUGAGCCCUGUUACAUUGGCGGACAAUGUACAGGUACAGCAAACUCUGGUGUUUGUAUGGCUAAUAUAAACACCGAAACAGUGUGUCACUGCAACCAGGAAUACAUACGCUACAAUGAAAGUUGUUUUCAAGCGAAUAAAUCUAUGUAUGAGGAUUGUGAUACAGACAUUCAAUGCAACGGAACUUAUGAGGGCGGAGUCUGCAAAGAAAUGGGUCAUAGAAAAAUGUGCUUGUGUGCAAAUGGAUACGAAAAGGACAAUAGCGAUUUUACUUGUCGCAAAGCUAAAGCGGCAACAUCGUGGAUUGAUGAAAAGGAAAACAAACUACUCGUGAUAGCUGUUGGAGGAUUUGUUGGAAUGAUGAUGUGUUCAAUUUUUACAAUUUUGUUCGCAUUGAAAGAGAAAAUUCGAAACAGACGCGGCAGGUUUCAAAGGGACAAAUCUACUCGUAUACCAACUGAAUCCAUUCACUACUCAAUUGCAGAAAAUAGCGAUAUUAGAUUCAUAGAAAAGGCUCAAAGCGAAAACAACCAUAUAAAUCUUCAAAAUGAAAACAAUUACGACACAGCAAACUCAAUGCAAGAAAGAGAAACUGGACCCUUAUACAAUUUCUCAGAACCAGGGACUUACGGCGACGAAAACCACUAUGAUGGUACUUACUGUCAUUUAUAUAAAAAGUCAGUCAUAUUGUCUGCCGACUUAUAUGGUAUUCAAAAUUCGAUGUCGGUUUCAUCACUUUCAACAAUGGAGGAAGAAAGCGCUUGAAGUGUUGCAUAUAUUUGCAAGUUGAUAUUUUCAGUUAAGAUUGUGUGAAUAGAACUGUAAAAAAAAAAAAAUUCGGAAACUUUAAAACCGUGUUAAUAUUGAGAUGACACGAAGGUAUAUCUUUCUUUUCUUUUGAUUUACCUGCUUUCUUAUAACUAUCAAAGAUAUUAAGAGGAAAUGUAAGUUGCAUAUAUGUAGGAAGGAUUUAUAUCUUAGAUAUUUACUCUUUUCCUGAAUUAUUAUAAUAAUAUUAUUUGUUUUUAGGUCCCAUUUUCCUUUAAAAAUGUGGCGUUUUGUCGAAUGCAAAGUAUAAACAUCUGAAUAUUCCCUGAAAACAUUUAAAGUGUUCUUCAAUAUGUUAAUUGAGUGUAUUGUACAGAGGUAAAAUUGCAACAUAUGUUCAACAUAAGUUCUAAGUAACAUUUGUUAAACAUAUGAAUUUUUCACAGCAUGUUUAACAUAUGUUACUCUGAACAUAUGUUCAACGUAUGUUGAACAUAUGUUAAACAAACGUUGCCAUUUUACCUGUGUAUAAUACAGUGUAUUCAAAUUCUAUUUUCAAGACCAGGCGUAUUGAAUUGCCUUGUUUGUCAAUUGUCAAGUUGUAAAUGGUUUUGUAAUACUACAUACAUGUAUAUGAGAAUUAAUAAGUACUUUAAGGGGAUAAUUGACAAAUCUGUAAAUUAAGGGGGGAGUUUGAAAAAUAUGUGUACUGCCGCUGUCAUCAUGAUUUUGGUUUUCAGUUGUGGCUGUUUCGAUUUCUUACAUAAUUGUGAUAUGGUUUGACCAUUGCACAUAUAAUGGCUACACUAAAAAUGAGGUCCAAUUUGCCACAUCUGUCGCAAGUUGAUAGCAUUGUUUUUAAAUUUUACUUGAUAUUCUUAUAUUUUUUUAAAACCAUAUUGAUCUUUAAACAUUUUUUAUUAUAAUGCAUGGUGCAUUAUUCUAAUGACUUGAAGGUGAAAAUAAUUCAUAAUAUAAUGUAUAUAAUUAUAUCUUGGAUAUUUUGUGUUGAUAACAGGACAUCCCUAUGAAAUACGUACCCCUUGCAUAUGAAUUCCCAUGAAUAGAAACGCUUAGGUAAACAAGAAAUGGUAUAUAUUAGUUUCUAUAUAACAAGGAUGAACCAGAAAUAUGAAAUUGCCUCGAGUGUGGGCUAUUUGUUCGGUUCUUUUGGUAAUGAUAAAUAUCCACAAUUGAUUUGAAUUUAAAUUCAAUAAUACGCAGUAGAUAAUUUUUUUUUUUUUACAGCCCAAUUUUCUUUUACACAAUCCGAAAUGAAAAAUGAAUUGUACUUGCAUAUUAAUUUAAACCAAUACUUAUUUUACACCAAUAUGUUACAUUUAAUUUUUUUUUAGAAAGUAUAUCGAUAUUGUUAAUUUUUCUUUUCUAAAUGAAGACGCUCAGCUUUUAUAAAAAAAAUAAUUGUAAAUAGUUUUCAACAGGUUGCUGAUAUUUUGUUUAUGACCUUUAACUAAUUAUGGUCGAAUCAUAUUUGGUACCAUUCUAGAAAAGAAACAUUGUCAUCACUAACAAGUAUCUCUUAUAAUGCAAUAAAUAUGUUGUUGUGCUCAUACCGAUUCGUUUUAUUCGUCAUAUAUUCUAAUUUAUGUUUCAGCACUGUAAAUGUAGAAGCAAAAGUUAUCCUUUUGGUUAUUGUUACGUUCUGGUAUAAUAACAUGUUUUACUUAUUACUAUGUUGUAACUAAUACUAUGCUAAACCAAUAAUGUCCUUAUAUUUUUUUCUUAACUAUAUCAUUUAUCAUAAAUAUUCUGGGUUUCAAUCGAUGUUUAUUAAUUUUAAUAAAAAACAAACGAUGAUGUAAAAUAUGUUUUAAGAACGUCUAAAUAGAAUAAAAAAUAAUUAAGGCUUAUAGCCUACCUCUUUGUCUGUUACGGUUAAAAAACUAUUGAAUUUUAAAUGAUAAUAAAAAUUGACAAUAAGUUAAUCAUUUUUUAGCAUUCUAUAUGACAUAGUUAAUAUAAUACGCCUUAUUUUUAAUCAAGUGUAUUUCGUAAUUUGUUUAAUUUAAUUUACAUUUUGUUCCAAUUGGAUUGAUGCAUUUAGUUUUAGCUUUACUUGAAUAAAUUGUUAGAUUUGUCUUUGUAACCUUUGUAUUAGCACAUUGUACAUAAAUAGGAUAAUUGUAUGCGAGACAAACACGAAAUGUAUAAGUUAUAUGACAAUUUCAAAGGUCAUGAUAUAAUUUUGUGAUAAAAGAUUGUUUGUUAUGGUAUUCAAACUCAGUUGGUUAAAGUGCGCAAUAAACAUUUGAAUGCUUGAAAAAUUGAGUUAACAAAGAAGCGUGUAGAACAGUUUCAUCAAAAUGUAUCACUACAACCAGGUGCAUUUCAAGUAGAAGCUUCAUGCAAACCCAAU